AUGUGGAGGGAAACGUUUUAUUGGAUCGAAGGGAAGCGUGAGGAGGUCGUGGAAAUCCAUUCACACGGCAGUCGCGCGGCUGUCGCAGCGAUCCUGCGCUUCUUCGAAGCCCUUCGACGCGCGCUCAAGUCCUUCGCUGACGGAAAAGGCGCCUGGGAAAGUCUACAAGUUUCGGCGGAAGAAACGGCCGUGGCCGAAAGCAGUCGCCAGCCGGAGGAUGGACUGGAGGCCGAAAACGAGGACGGUGUCGUCUCGCGCGCGGGAGGUUCUGCACUGUCGGAUGCCUUUCGUUAUCAAGAAACAUCCCCAGGAGGAACGGGCGGCAACACGUCUCUACACUCCGACAUCUCAGCCGCGCGGCGUGCGCUACUUUUGCAAGCGCUUGAAGUCUCCGUCAAAGGCAGCGCCGGCGCGGAGAGGAACGCACAGAAGGAAGCUCGGACCGAGGGAGACUCGCAGGAACGGCCUCACGAGAAACACGAGGAAGAGAAUCAAACAGAAGAGGAAGACGAGUUUCAUUCCGGAGGGGUGGUUUCCGAAAUUCGACCGGGGCGACGCGGCACCAAGACGCAAAGUGAGAGCGCCUCAGAGCUCGCACAGGAGGCGGAGAGCGAGAUGUUGACGCGAAGACGCGAAGCUGAGGCAGCAAGGUGGCUGAGGGAGGUCGGCGAACUACGUCUUGCGGAGGCUGGAGAAUUCACGUUCCGAGCUUACCUUAACGGCAAAAUCGAAACUGUUCAGCAAGUGGAAGCUCUCGCAGAUCUUGUCAAUGCCGACACAGUUGCUCAACACCGACUCGCCGUGCGCCGCCUGCGACGGCAGCCGAGAGAAGUCCACGCGCUGUUGGACAACUGGCGGGGUCUUCUGCAGGAGGCGCUGGCUUUUUCCGAGGCUGCUCUCGAAAUCGGCGACGACGCGCAGGAAGCAGACGCGGAAGCGGCCCAAGAGGCGGGCGCGACGAAAGCCGAGGCGCGCGUUCGCCGCCUCCUUCGAGAGAUCCGCCUCCACCUCGAACUGGGUCUGCGCGAAGCGCUCGUGCAUUCGGGAGUAAAAGUGGUCUUCUGCGGGCCAACCAAUGCAGGAAAAAGCACUUUGUUCAACAGCCUCGUGGGACGCGACGCUGCCAUUGUCUCCCCCCUCGCCGGAACCACCCGAGACGUGCUUACAUGGCCCGUCCAGCUGCGCGGCGCCAAACUCCUCCUCACGGACACUGCGGGCCUAAGGCCCGCACCCCGCGGGUCUGGGGAACAACGGCGAGCUCCGGAGACUGCUGCGGUCGCCGGCGAUGGAGCCGAAGCCUCCCUCAGUGGGGGGGGUUCGACCCGCUUAGACUGCAUGAGGCCUCUCGAGGUUCCCUGGGUUGCGCCUGCGGGAGAGGCAGGCGGGGGCAGAACGCGAGAACGAGACGGCGCGCCUCCGAAAGGCGAAGACGCCCUCGAGGAAGACAAGUCGACUUCCACACGAACGGACGGCCUUGACUUGGCCGUCGACUGUGUGGAACGCGAAGGGAUGGCGCGAACUGUACGUACAGCGCAGGAAGCAGACAUUCUGAUUUUUCUUUUGGAGUGCCGCAGCACACGCGAGGCGACGCUGGAGCACGCGAGACGUUUUCUUCGAAUCUUUCGAGAUUCUUUUGCAGGCCGUUGGGAGGACGGCGGAGGCGCUACACCCCGCGAACGAAGGGUCGUUGUGGUGCUAAACAAAGCAGAUGUGUAUGCCCCGCUUUUGGUGAAUCAAGACGAAGUUGUUUCUCAGCGCCGGCGUCCAGGUGAUCUGAACAGCCCCUCGGAGCCUUCGGACCCAGGUCCGGGUGCACAGAGUAGACGCGUUGGUGGUGUCAGCUCAGCACACUCUCGUGGAGAGAAAAACCGUCUCGAGUUCGGCACUCGCUUCGGUGCGUCCUCUCCCAGUUCUGCCUCUCCAUCUGUUCCUUCGUCGCGUUCGCCUCCUUGUCCCUCUAGCUGCGAUCCGCAGCUGUCGUCAGAGGUUUUUGCCGACCUUCUCGAAGAACUCGAAGAAGUUGUAAAGGCGGAGAUGCCUCCCGCGCUGGUACCCUUCCUCCAAACAGUGGAUUCAGCCGCGCCAGGUGUCUCCCAUGCCAGCGGUGGCGGUGUGAGGCUCUCCUUUGAAGGGCAAAAAUGCAGGUUGAUUGCAGAAGACUUGCCCCGUACGCCGCCGUCUGAGGCGAAAUCGCGCCCGCAUGUGUUGCUGCUUGCCAGCAAAUUCAAGUGGAAUUUACCGGCCUUGCAGACAAUUGUGUGCCGAGCUGUUAAGGAGCUGUCAUCGCCCGAGGCCGUCCUUCGCUGCGGCCGCUUUUCUGCAGAAAAACGGUGUGCGACGCAUGGCCAGAUGCGAAGCAGCGCGACGGCUAGCGAGCAAGAAAACAGAGUCUCGGCCGGAAACACACACGAGGAAAACUCAGGCGAAUUGGAAGGCGACAAUGAGAUGGGUCUGCUAAGUGGGCGAAGAGUGCUUGAGGCUCUGGACGGUCUCGCGAGACACCUGGAAAACUUCCUUUCUCGAGAAGCGGAGGAAGAACGAAAUGAAGAUCUUCGGUAA